UGUAUAAUAAGCACAUUAAUGUGAAUUUAGUCCUUUGUAUUAUACAUGUCAAGUACUCCUGUGAAAGAUUAUGUGUUUAUAGAAUAAACUUCGCUAAAUUCUAGCGUUUACACAAUUGGACUAUAUAGGUUAUAAAAACUUGGAAUGAAUAUUAAUGUUCAGAGGAAGAUGGACUCGCCCUUGCAUAAGUGGCUCGUGCUCCUAUCGGCAGUGAUGGUGAUGUCGGUUGAUAUCUCAUUAACCCACAACACCGGCCAGAUCUUCGUUGCCGUCAUGGAUAGGUUCAACAGCAACAGGGCUCAGACAGCCGUUAUACAGUCAACGCUCAUCGCUGUCCUCUUUGCAACAGGUUGGCUCAGUAAUUCUGAAUACAGGCAGCGAACACAUACUGGCCCAUUCCCACACGUUAAUUGAAACGCACUAAGCUUUUAUCAAGAAAUGCAUUCGAGUACCAUUCAAACUUGUCGUUUUCUACGGGACCUUGCAAUAUAAAGCCCCGUUCUAAUAAUUAGUGAACAUCUGGCGCCUAAUUUAUCUUAAUGGUAGUUCGUACUUAUUAAAUAACUAAGUGCUGGAUAAUAAUUUAAAUACGCUUCCUAUCUGGGUCAGCAGGUAUCAAAUACAACAAAAAAGAGUAAUAUUACAGUUCUGCAUAUCGAUUUUAGGUUUUUAAUUCUGUUUUGGUACUUAUGUGGUCAAGGUUAUAUUUUACUUUGGUUUUAAUAAGCAAUCAAAGAUUUUAGUGGGGUAAGUUCAGGGGGCAAUAUAAUGCUGGCCAUAAUAUAAAAUUAAUAGUGUAAAAUUGUUUCUACGUCUUUGCUUCUCGUGACUACUCAUGGAGUUACUAAUUGUUAGAAUUUGACUAUCGGUUGUCAAAUACACGGUAUAAUUGUUCAGUCCAGAGUUUUUGCCCUCCAAACUUAUCAGUUUGAUAAAGGUUACCAAGGGUCAGUGUUUAUUAACACCUAUGUGAUCAUCGGCGUAGCUCCAAUAGGCACGGUAGGCCCGGGCCUACACAUCGUUUCCAAAAAUGAAAAAUACAAAACGUCCAAAUCUGCUAUAAAAACUGAAAGGUAUCGGAACCUCUGCGUUGCUCCUGACGGCCAUGACAGCGGCUGGCCAACACUGGGAGGGUAAUUCUCACAGACCCAUCGUUCUUUCCUUGAUAUCAGCGGGAAGCGGACUCGGAGGGACAAUAUAUCUGUAUUUGAUAACCACUUUGAAGGAAAACUAUGGACUUCCAGGAGUGUUCCUUGUUUGCUGGAAUAUUUGCCAACACAUUUGCUAUCGUUCUCCUCUGGAGGCGACCUAACCGGAUAUUGCAAAGAAUUAAUACCAUCGACGCAAUUAAGGACGACACACAUAACAACGAUGUGAUUGAUUCUGAGAACACUGAAUCAAAACUAAACAAUACGAACAAUGGCAAUAAUAUUUGGAGUAUCACAAAAUUUGAAUAUACUUUGCCAUUUGAAAAUAGAAAAAGAAGUUUACGCAGCAGCUUAAUAAAAGUCGAACAAAACAGUACAGUUAACAAGAUGCCAAUGUCACAAAGCGACAGUGACGGGAUAACUGUUUGUGAAAGUCUCAAACAUCUUGUUCGGAGUAAAGUCUUUAUGGCAUAUAAUGCUGGGUUAUGUUUUUCAUACCCGGCUUUAUUUAUAUACAUGAUAUUUGUUGUUGAUAUAUUUACUGACAAAGGGUUGUCUGAAAGUAAUGCAACUCUAGGACUCACCCUCUCCAACAUCAUAAGCUCUAUUGCAAGACUCUCUGCUGGUUUCCUUUUAAAGAUUCCAAUGAUUAAACCGCUUGGAUUGCCAAUGGUUGCAAAUGUCGCCGGCAUUUUUGGAAUGCUUACAGCAAUCUACUCCGAAUCUCUGGAGUUAUCUAUCGUAUCUCUCUGUGCCAUUGGUCUUAGCAUUGGUUUAAUGGAUACUGCCUGGAGCGUUACGACAGUUGAUCUGGUAGGAGUGAAACAUCUUCCAAAUGCGAUAGGGUUGUCGUUCGUAUCAAAUGCACCUGGAAAUAUCAUUGCAGGACCUAUCAGCGGUUACAUUCGAGACCAGACAAAGACGUAUACGGUGCCUCUGUACUGCUCAGCAGCGUCAAUAUUUCUUGGAUUGUUCAUGUAUAUUCUCGCUCAAAUAUGGAAGUCGGCUGAGGAAAAAAAACAAUAUUCCUCACCUAUCCAACAGUCUACACGAAUGUGAAACCUUAAAGCCUUCACUGCGACAAUUACAGUCUAAGAGUUAAUGUAGUCCCAUAUUAGUUUGAUGCAGUAUACUUACGUAAUGUUUAAGUAAAAUAAAGCAAACUGUAGUAGAAAGUUGGCUACUAACUUGAAAACGAUGUUGAUUAAACUUUUGAAACAUAUAUUGAAAAAUAAAAUCGACACUAAAAUACUAAUAACAAUUAAACUAAGAAGAGGAUUAACUCUGUCCGACUUACAGAAGCAUUGCAUUCUUGCAUUGCGUGUAAACGUCGGACAUUCGAGCACCCGUUACACGUGAUUUGUAUAUAUUGUGGUAUAUUUGGAAUUGUUCAUCCUUUUAAUCAUGAUUCAGAACUGCUUUCGAUCAAGUAAAUGUUUAAGUUCUUUCUCGGUAAUUCAAAUGUGAAAGAUAACGCAAACUAUUUCAUACCUAUAUAACAUAUCAUGUAACUCUAAACAACAUAUCGAGAGGAACUCUAUACGUCAUGCUGUCGUUCAAUUCAUUUCAAGAUAUUACGGUUAUACGCCUAGGAGGUUGUUGGCGCCUCGUGAAAUCCGAAUCUGCAAAUGAUCACCACACACAUACCAACGUUACUUCGUACUCUAUUAAAUUUUUGCAUCCUUUCAAUCCAUUUCAAUACAUAUUUUUAUUUCAAAUGUCUUU